AUGAUCACCAACCAACACCCACUAUCACUCUCACUACCCUCAACACCGCCUCAGAGGAUCUCAGCACUCCAACCACCCCAACAACAACAACAACCUCAACUGCCAUCACGGUCAGCCUCCACCUGCUCAGCCUCACUCAGCCAGAAACUACUCACCCCACUCCUCUCAAGAUCCAGCUCGCUCCACUCAAAACCUUCCCCAUCUCGCUCCAAUCACCACUUCUUCUCAUCAUCAUCCUCAAACACCAUCUCUCGCUCCACUAGCAGCACCCUAUCCUCAAUCUCAAACUCCGACUCAUCCGCAUUCCCACCCACUCCCCCUCAGUCUCACCAUGGUACACCCCUCUCUCAUGAACGCCUUCGAUCUAUCAGCAACCUCUCCCAAGCAGAUCGUCCAACCCCUCCCAGGAGCAGCUCAAGAAACGAUAUCUUCGCACUCUCACUACCGCAACCCACCUCAAACUUGAUCAUCAUCAUCAUCAUCAUCAUCAGUCCAUCAGCAAUCAUCCUCGUUCCUCUGACGAUCAACUCGAGCUCAUCAGACUCAAGACCUCACUCACUCUACGUAUCAACACCAGUCCAUCUUCCCAUCUUGGGCGAAGGAACUCAUGGUACCGUCCACAUCGCACUAUGCAACCCCUCAUCCCCAACUCAAGAAGAGAAACCCUGGAAAUUAUGUGCCGCCAAACUAUCUGAAGAUCUCUCGGGGAGUAUCAAGGAGACUCUAGUACUAGAGAGAUUAAGAGCCAGAGAAGAGCACCAACCAGGAACUCAGCCAGAAAACGGAUCUCGUUUUAUCGUAGGCUGGUUCGGCCUCAAGGAUCACAAGGAGUGUGAUUGGAUCAGAACUCCCGAGGAGAAUGCGAGACAACGAAAACGUAGUCUGAGUCAAACCUUCCUCCCUCCUAUCAUCCUCGCACUCGAAUACUGUGCUGGUGGGGAUCUGUUCAAGUUUGUCCAGAGGGCUGCCAACUUACGCUCACAAGACAACCCACAAGAUAAAUCACUCGAGCUCGGCAGUCGGAGGUGGCUGCGAUGGGCAAAGGAACUAGCAGAAGCAUUGGCCUGGUGCAAAGAGCGAAACGUACUCGUAGGCGAUCUUAAACCUCAAAACGUUUUGUUAACCGGUGACCUGCGCAUCAAACUAUCAGACUUCAAUCGCUCCACAAUUUUGUCGGAAGAACAAAGCAAAGGCGGUCUCGGACUGAUCGACCCCCAAGGAACUGGUACCUCAGUCUAUGCAGCCCCUGAGCUCGUCCAACCCCCGCCCUCACCAUGCUCAUUCCCUGCUGAUAUCUUUGCUCUCGGUAUCACCAUGUACUUCAUGCUCACCGGUCGGGAACCAUACCGAGGAAUUCAGAGUGCAGUCGAACGAAUGCUCUUGAUCAGUCGCGGUGGUUUUUGGGAACACGAGCUCGGGAUGCGAUGGCGGAUGUUGGAAGACAUCCAAAUCAGCUGCCAGGCCCUCUUCAUCAAAGUACCCCAAAACCCUCUCCAGCUCCACCUCGACUGA